AUGCAUCCCAGGAGGCAUCGCUUCCAAUCUUGCACCAAGUCGAUCCGAAGUCGGCGCGCCUCCAUCAUACUCCAAGCCUUUCUUGUCGCAGUUGAUCAUUUAAUUCACCCACAACGCCCCGAUUAUAUUUACCACAUCACGAUUUCAUUUCACACACCUGCAAUCUUGGAACUUUACUUGCCGCACGCGUCCGCGAAACUGCUCAAGUAAUCGCCCAGCUUCUUACAGUCGUACCACACCUUCCACACAUUGGUGGUUCCGGCGUAAUUAGGUUUUCACGGUGGAGGCUCAAACCUCGGAUGAAUGCGAAAAAGCCAAAAGUGAGAGAUUUUCUUC